AUGGAGGUGAAGCGGCUGAAAGUGACCGAGCUGCGGUCGGAGCUGCAGCGGCGGGGCCUGGACUCGCGCGGCCUCAAGGUGGACCUGGCGCAGCGGCUGCAGGAGGCGCUGGACGCCGAGAUGCUGGAGGACGAGGCGGGCGGGGCGGCGGCGGCGGCGCGGCCCGGGCGGCCAGAGGCGGCGGCGGCGGCGGCGGCCGUGCGGAGCCCGGGCGGCGACGAGGCGGACGAGGACGACGACGCCGCGGACGAGGACGCGGACGAGGACGAGGACGCGGCAGCGGCGGUGGCGGCCGCCGAGGGGGAGGAGGGGGAAGAGGAGCGGGAGGAGGGGGAGCGGGGGGCGGGGGCGGCCGAGGAGGACGCGGCGGCGGCGCUGCUGCUGCUGGAGGACGAGGACGAGGCCGAGGAUCCGCCCCCCGCCGCCGCCGCGUCCCAGCCCCAGCCCCAGCCGCUGGGCCGGGCCUCCGCGCAGCCCCGGCCGCCCGCAGCCGCCCCGCCGUCCCCGGCGCCGGCCCUGGCAGCGCCCGCCGCGCAGCCCCCGGAUUCCCCGGCGCCGCCACAGCCGGGCCAAGGCGACGGGGACGCGGAACCCGAGGCCGAGGGGGCCUCGGCCCCGGGCGGCCAGCGCGACCCGGCGCCCGCUCCCAAGGCAGGCGACGACGACGAGCCGGGAGACGAGGAGGACAGCGAGAAGACGAAGCCCAGCGGUUCCGAUGGAGAGCGUCGUGGGGUGAAAAGGCAGCGAGAUGAGAAGGAAGAACAUGGCAGGGCUUACUACGAGUUUCGAGAAGAGGCUUAUCACAGUCGCUCCAAGUCCCCACCACCCCCUGAAGAAGAAGCCAGAGACGAGGAAGAGGAUCCGACCCUGGUGAACCUGGACACGUAUACCUCAGAUCUCCAUUUUCAAGUGAGCAAGGACCGUUAUGGGGGCCAGCCACUUUUCUCUGAGAAAUUUCCCACCCUUUGGUCUGGAGCGAGGAGCACAUAUGGAGUGGCAAAGGGAAAAGUCUGUUUUGAGGCCAAGGUCACUCAGAAUCUGCCGCUGAAAGAAGGCUGCACCGAGGCUUCCCUUCUCCGAGUUGGAUGGUCUAUUGACUUCUCCUGUCCACAACUUGGUGAAGAUGAAUUUUCUUAUGGCUUCGAUGGCCGGGGGCUAAAGGCAGAAAAUGGGCAGUUUGAGGAAUAUGGCCAGGCCUUUGGGGAAAAUGAUGUCAUUGGCUGCUUCGCUAAUUUCGAGAGUGAGGAGGUGGAACUCUCUUUCUCUAAAAAUGGAGAUGAUUUGGGUGUAGCUUUCCGGGUCAGCAAGGACUCCUUGAAUGAGCGAGCCCUCCUGCCUCAUGUCCUCUGCAAAAAUUGUGUGGUGGAACUCAACUUUGGUCAGAAGGAGGAACCCUUCUUCUCCCCUCCAGAGGAGUUUGUGUUCAUCCAUGCUGUGCCUGUGGAGGAUCGGGUUCGAACCUCGCUGCCACCUAAGACUACGGAGGAGUGUGAGGUAUUACUGAUGGUGGGACUGCCUGGGUCUGGAAAGACCCAGUGGGCAUUGAAACAUGCACAAGCUAAUCCUGAGAAAAGAUACAACGUCCUGGGAGCUGAGACUGUGCUCAAUCAAAUGAGGACGAAGGGGCCGGAGGAGCCAGAGCUGGACCCCAAGAGCCGGGACCUUCUAGUACAGCAAGCCUCCCAGUGCCUUAGCAAGCUGGUCCAGGUGGCUUCGAGGACAAAAAGAAACAUCAUCCUGGACCAGUGUAAUGUCUAUAACUCUGGCCAGCGGCGGAAGCUGCUCCUCUUUAAGACCUUCUCUCGAAAAGUGGUGGUGAUUGUCCCCAACGAAGAGGACUGGAAGAAGAGGCUGGAGCUGAGGAAGGAAGCGGAGGGAGACGACGUCCCGCAGACUGUAAUGCUGGAGAUGAAAGCCAAUUUCUCUCUGCCUGAAAAAUGUGACUAUAUGGAGGAGGUGACCUUUGGGGAACUGGAGAAGGAGGAGGCCCAGCCUCUGGUCACCAAAUACAAAGAGGAGGCAAGGAAGCUGCUGCCCCCUUCUGAAAAGCGGACAAACCGCCGAAACAACCGAAACAAGCGUAACCGGCAGAGUCGAACUCGAGGCCAAGGAUACGCCGGCGGGCGCCGGGGCUACGACAGCCGUGCCUAUGGGCAGCAGUACUGGGGGCAGUCUGGAAGCAGAGGGGGGUACCGUAACUUCUACGAUCGAUACCGAGGAGACUAUGACCGAUUCUACGGCCGGGACUAUGAUUACAACCGAUACAGGGAUUACUACCGGCAGUACAACCGGGAGUGGCAGAGCUACUACUACCAAGACCGAGAUCGAUACUACAGAAGCUACUAUGGCUACCAGGGGUAUCGGUGAAGGGCAGGGUGAAGGCCGGGCCAGUGGCGCCUGCUGGCCUCGAGGAGCUCGACCUCGGCCCGGAGGCACAACCAAUGAGAAACAGGCUGGGGGGGGAGGAAGGGGGACGAGGCAAACCAAGAAGAACUGUACAUUUUUUUUAAAGUUUGUUGAAAAGAAUAUUGUCUUAUUCUAUAAAACAUUUCAGACCUAGUUAGACAUUUGUAAUCACAAACCUUUGCGCAUAAUACAGCCCUAGGGAUGCCUUUCCUGUCUCUGUAAGUGAAUGGGACUGGAUGAGCAAUGUGUUAGCCUGAGGCCCCUGGGUUGGCAGUUAGGCAGGGGAGAGGUCCUGAGGGCUGGGACUGGGGCAGUGAAAAUAAACCAUUGGCUCUUAUCAAUCAUUUGCACCAAUGACCGCUUGUAUUUUCUUUACCAAACUUUCCCUCUUGGGAUGUCUGGUCUGGUGGGCUGGAGGCCAGCAUGACCUUAUCUCCUAUCUUGUGUCUUUGUGCUGGUGGCCAAGGCAUAGAAACCGUCCAUUAGAUGACUACUGAAUGGGACACCGAGGUUCAGUGGGGCAAGGUCUGCUUGGGUCUAGAGCAGGGUGUUCGGUUCUUUUUGUCUAUUAAUGCAUUUUCCUGAAAGCUUGGUGAGUGGGCAUGCUGGGCUAGCAUGGAGAACCUGGUUUGCUAGUGCUCAUCUCUGUCUUCCAAGGUCAUGCCAGGGGUGCCCUGAGACGUCACCCCUGUGCAGUGUCCACCUUCCUGAGUAGUGGGAGAGGGGGGAUGUUUCUCAGGGUUUCACAAACAAAUGCAACAGGAUUCUUGUAUUCAUUGGAGCGUGACAUGUCCAGAGGCAAAUCUUGUGGUGUGAGCAGCCAGCUCCCAGAGCCAAGAAUAGCAAUUCCUGUACCAUGUUACAUUGUGUUAGAGAGCAGGGCCAGGGAAGGGGCUUGGGUGGGAUGGGUAGGAGGAGGCUCAGUGCAGGUGGUGGUUUCCCAGGAUGAGCAAAAGGGAGUUUGUGUAUGUGAGAGAGACCUCCCUCCAGAGGCCUUGCUUUAUUCUUGAUUUCCUCAUUUUCAGUCAGUUCUUUACAAAGGGGUGAAGCUGGUAGACUGUGGUGUAGGAGAGGUAGCUAUUGGGGGUGGAUAGGAUGGGCCUUCCCUGAACCCUGGACUGUUCCCCUUAGGUGCAGCUCCCUUCCUGCCCAGCUUCUCCUCAGCGGCUGCCUCAGCUGGCCCGUCUGAAAUCGUUUUAGGGGAAAGGGUUUGUCUUCCCUUCCCCUUUUGUUGCACUAAGCCAGUUGGCAUGAAGCCAAGGCCUGACUCUCAACUCUUUCCAUCUGUCCUUGACAAGACACUGGCCUCCAAACUCGCACCUGGUCCUCUGAUGUUGCCCUGUAAGAGUUGGUGACAGUGGCUGGAGGCAAGGCUUACAUGCCAGCGCAGCCCGGUCCUGGGCAGGCUGACCCUGAAUUCUGAUUCCCACCUUGCAUUUGCUUAGUCAGUGACUGCUGUCCUCUGGGAAAGGUCAGGAGCUCUCCGACCACUGUGGGCAGUAACCCGGACUGAGGGCUGGGAAGGGGUAAGGCCACUUGUAAAGAAGCUUGGGUUUCUGGAGUCUAGCUGUGCCACCCUGGUCAAAACAGACCAAGAGAUCCUUUGUCAAAACAGUGUCUCUGGUUUAAAAAAAAAUUAGUCCUAAGGGGAGCAAAACCCAGGGAUGAUGGUACCAGAAGGCACUCGCCUUGUUCUUCAUGAACACCUGUUUUGUGUUUUUUUCUGAAUGUCUUAGUUGUUGUAGAUGGAAAAGCUUGUAAGACAAGUAACAGAAAACAAGCCUGUGAAUGCUUUUACGAAGCCUGUAAAGUGUUAUGGACGUGGCCAGUAAAAGAGAAACAAAG